UUGCCUUCAUAGACGAGGCCCCGCCCUCUGCGCGUGAAGACUCACAGCCUGCCUGACAUAGUCAGGUUCACGCGGACACCUCGGCUCUACCAGCUCUACACCGCUCCUCAGGAGUCUACGGCAACGUCAGAGCCAAGAUGGGGCGGAAGGAGAUCAUCUGCAGCUGGAAGAAGAGCACCAGUAAUAUCAAGGACGUGUUUGACUUCAAGGGGAAAAUGGGAUCGGGUUCUUUUUCAGAGGUGUAUAUGGUGAGAGAGAAGACAACAGGAAAACUGUCUGCCCUGAAGUGUCUGAAGAAAAAACACCUCGCUCAUAGCAACCUCGAAAAUGAAAUCAAUGUACUGAGAAGGAUACAGCAUGAGAACGUGGUGGGACUGGAGGAUUUCUAUGAGAGUCGAACGCACUAUUACCUGGUCAUGCAACUAGUGUCAGGCGGGGAGCUGUUUGAUCGCAUUAUAGACAAGGGGGUUUACACUGAGAAGGACGCCAGCACAGUGAUCAAACAGGUGCUGCAGGCUGUCAGCUACCUGCACGAAAACAGCAUCGUACACAGGGACCUGAAGCCUGAGAACCUGCUGUACUAUAGUGCAGAUAAGAAUGCUAAGAUCAUGGUCAGUGACUUUGGUCUGUCUAAGACGAUGGAGCACGGUGUGAUGUCCACAGCCUGUGGUACACCAGGAUAUGUUGCCCCUGAGGUUUUGGCCCAGAAGCCCUACAGCAAAGCAGUGGACUGCUGGUCCAUUGGAGUUAUCACUUACAUCCUGCUCUGCGGCUACCCUCCAUUCUUUGAAGAUAAUGAGACUCGUCUGUUUUCAAAGAUCAUGAGAGCUGAGUACGCCUUCCAUUCACCUUUCUGGGAUGACAUAUCUGAGUCAGCCAAAGACUUCAUCAGGAAUAUGAUGGAGAAAAACCCUACGAAACGCUUCCUCACCGAGCAGGCACUCAGACACCCAUGGAUUGCUGAAAACACAGCUAAAGACCUGGACAUUUAUCAGUCUGUCUGUGAACAGCUGGAGAGAAGCUUUUCCAAAUCCAAAUGGAAGCAAGCCUUCAACGCAGCCUCAGUAAUCCACCACAUGAAGAAACUGCAGUUGUCCCUCACUGAGCCGUCCCCCUCACACCUCAUGCCCAACAUCACAGUAGUACAGGCCUCCCAGAAUGACCAGGAGGCACUGGGACCCUGCCACCACGGGGCUGAUGCCCUCGACCCAAACGGGAAUCCGCUUCAUGCAGCCAAUCAUCUAUCCUGCAGUAGUCCUGAGUCGGGCAGAUGUCUCUGUCCACCACUGAGAGCCAGUCACAGUGAGCCUGGCAACGCCCUCACUGUUGAUGGAUCAAGAGAGGUCAAUAACUUCCUUUCAGAGAUCGACACUCCUUUCAGGCCAUCUAAGAGCAUGAAUGCUGUGUCUCAGAGGAAGGACCAGCCGCUUCAGUCUGGAGUGUGUUCUGUCAUGUGAUUGGCUGGCUAACCAGAGAUGAAUCUUAUGCAGUUUGUCUCUUGAGUUGACGACGCUCAGUGGCAUCCCUCUGGAUAUGAAGGUGUUGACACAUCUGCUGCUCAGCUUUUUCAUGUCUGCUGUGGUUCUCUGCUGCAGAACACAUGUUCCAUCGACAAGACACACACAUAAAAACAUAUCUGCACUAUAAAAACACUUUAACAUGGAAUGACUGCAUAUCUGUAAUUAACACCACAUUAAACAGGAAUUCAUUGAUUCAUAUAAACUGUGUCACACUAAUGACAUUUAUUCACUUCUAUCUAUUGUCAACAUGUCACUAAAUACCAUUGAAAUGUAUUUGUUUUGAAUAGCUUUAGGGUACAUAUGCAAUGUGAAAGCUUUUUAAUGUUUUCAUCGUAUUUCACUGACAUGGCUGAACCUUGAAUUCCGAUGGUUUAUAGGUUUUUAUAAAGCUGAUAAGCUUUUUUAGACUCUGAAACUUUUUUAAGAUACUGAAUGUAUAUUCACCACUGGAGACUAUAACCAAAUCAGGGAAUGUACCUUUAACUGUAGUGUUUGGACUGUUGAACCUGACUGAAGAUUUUUGGACAUGUAUUAUUAUUACACCAAGAUGAAGGAUGGUUGUUAUUAUUCAUGAGAUUAAACUUUACUUUGGAGUCAUGGAGGUGGAGUCAUUGACUCCCAGUGUUUUCUGUGACAUAUACAUAAGCUGCUCUCUUGUGCUCAUCAAGUGCCACAAGCUGGUGUAAAGAUGCUGUCAACACUAAUGAUGCCAUAGAGAUUCUGAGUUCACAAAUGUAGUGACAUAUUUGUUUCUUUUUGUAUUAUUUUCUCAGCAAGUAUGUAGUAAUUACUCGUCAUGCUUCUUGUGUUGAAUGGAUCUCCAAUGAAGCUUACAAAGUAUUAACAGGCUUUUAUUUCAAUACUGUGGAUCCUGCACAAACAACGGAUAAAAAACAGAAAAUAAAUAAUGUAACUUUUUUAAUUCAACCAUUUUCAGCUGUGAAAAAUACAAUAAUUGUGGUGCAGUGGAGUGUAUUGCUGCUGACAAAUAAAAGUUUGUGUUGUCUCUU